AUCCGCGAUUGUGCGUGUACAUACCGGAUGCAAACCACCGCGCACCUGCAGCACCAUGGCGGCAGCACGACCGCUGGCGAGCAGGUCGAGUACCUCCUUCAAGGUCUCGAAGGCGGCACCGAUGCCAGCUGUGCCGCGAGCGCGUACACGCUAGCCACCAUGUGCUCAAGCCAUCACCCGCGACAGGCGACAGGUCCGGCGGUCAACGGGGCGAUGACGGGCCGCUUCCUCCUCCGGGCGCAAGGUGGCCUCACCGACUGCGUUCGCCUCAUCGAGAUCCUCGCGCCCGAGAGUCGAGACCACGCGCUCGUCUAUUGCAUGAUGGGCUUGCUCUACUUUGUGACACUGGACCGCGAAAACGCCGACGCGGUGACCACGCCGGCGUUGCGCGCGGUGCUCCAUGUCUUGCAGCUCGACGACGCCAAGCACUGGACGCUUGUAGCCGAUGCGACGCCAUCACCUACCACCGUCGUCACGCCCCGCGCCCGCAUGUUGGUCAAGAAGAAGAAGACGACGACGAAGCGAGCAUCGACAACACCCCGCGACGACAUGGAAGCGCUUCUGCGCCUCGAGCCGUCGUUUCGGACAUUGCCAAGCCUAUCGCUGUGCGAAAUCGUGCUUGGUAUUCUGUACAAUACGCUGCUUGACAAGGCCGAGAGUCACUUUGGCGUCGCCGCCGCACCCACGGCCACUCGCGUGGUCGAAACCCGAAAGCAGCUGCUGCGGGAAGAGCACGGCCUCGACAUCAUCGCUCGACGCGGUUUAUCGAGCGUGAGCCUUCGUGUGCUCGACCAAGCGUCCUACCUCGACCCGUUGAACCAAGCCUACUUGGUGACGCACACCGCCGUCCUGCCCACGCUCUUCCAGGGCCUUCUCAUCGCGAGCCCCAUGGCAGACGAUGCCGAGCAGUACCUCUGUGCCUUGCGUCUGGUCAUCAACCUGACGCACAAGAAUGCCGACGCCUGCACAAUCAUUGCCAACCUGCACGGCGCACGCGCCUUGACGACGACGUUCUGCAGCUUGGUAUCCACGUCGUCCGACUUUGACCUCGUGCUUCUUCUUCUCAGUGCGCUCAUCAACUGCGUCGAGCUCGAUGCGCGCAACCGCGCCGACGUCUGGAGCGACUCCAAGCAUCUCGUCGAUCACUGUAUGGGCUUUUUGACGCAACACGGCACCGUCUCGGCCGAAGACGUGGUCCUGCGCGGGUCCAUGGCGCUCUUCCUCGGCUGCCUCGUGCGCGAUCGUCCUGCCGACGCCAACGCAGUGCGCCAAGCGCUACCCAACCAGUCGUUUUCGUUGCUUCUCGCCUCGCUGCUGGCGUUUGCCAAGCUCCACGCGCACAUUGGGGCGCUCACACCCGAGAUCCUCGCGACUUGCGUUCAAGUCGAGACAGAGCUCAAGCGCCUCGAGGGCGACAAGACGGCGCUUUCGGCGAUUCAAGCGGCUGUGGCCGGACCCGACGCCGAAGUCGCCGCCAUUUACGCUAAAAUCGCCGCCGCGUCACCACCGCGGAGCGCGUCACCGCCAAAGCGACCACCACGUCCGUCACCGACAUGUCCGUCCACGCCACCCGCCGAUGCCUUUCGGCUCCAAGUGCAUCGAACAGUGGAAGUGGACGACGACUCGGACGACCUGUCGACAAGUCGAAACACGCACCGACGCACGCCGACGGUGUCGAUCGGGCAGCGCCGACCGACGCCGUCGCCCAAGACCCCGAUGCCAGUGCUCGAGCAAGUCGACGAUGGGGACUUUGCCGUCACCGACGCCGAUCCAGCACACCGACGACCGUGA